CACAUAAUACAUUAGAUACCGGCAGUUCAUUUACGCCACUAAUCACGAAGAGGUACUCUAUCGAUCCAACUCCGCUGCCUCUGUUUGCACUCCUCUGCACUCUUUCCUUUGCACAUUGCACUCCGAGAAGCCAGAGCCGAGAAUCGAGAUGUCCCAUCCCCCGGCCAUGUGUCAGUGCGGUGCGUGCGCUGCGUGCGCCCAAAUGUUCAUCCGUCCCCCUCCCCCCAAAACCGAUGUUCGUACACACAUCCAGAUCCAGGGCGAGCUCGAGGGCGGCGUGUGUGCACAGUACGGUACCUACUUGGUUACCGGUACCGUGGUCGAGACGUCCAUCUCCCUGUCUGCCGAAGGGCAAUACCGAAGUACUUACCGAAGUACCUAUUUGCUGCUGGUGGUGCUGCUGUUGGUGAUAAUGCUGCUGGUGAUCGUGCUGUAUUGGAUAGUGGGAUAUACGGGCGGAACUUUGAGUGUGGAGGUCUGGAAUGUCUUCGUAUUUAGUCAGUCGAAAUGGGAACAACACUGGUGUAAACAGUUCAGUUUUGGUUGAUUUUGUUCCCGGUUCAGUUGGGAACAGAGGCUAGGUAGG